AAUGACACCAAUGUAUGCACUAAGUGUAAACAGACGUAAUGAAGGUUAAUUGCUGACAAAGACUGACGUUACCAACUUGCACGUCACGCCUAGUUCAUCAAACGUCUGUGAAUCUGCUUCAUCACGAACGAACACGGAGCAUCAGGAACAGAUUUUUACACCUAAGAAUUACUAGAAAUUCGUAAAGUAUUCGAUGGCUUCCACCAUUCGGGCUUCUUCUAUGUUGCAGAAAAAUGUUAUUACCAAACCAGCAGAAAAACCUUCAGUGAAAGGGAAGGCUCUUGCUCCCAAGCUUGCUCCUCCCGUAUUGAGUUUGUCUUCUCGUGCGACUCUAAUCGAGCAACGGUUGACGCAGUUAGAGCAAGAUAAUGAUUGGUGGAUCAAUUGGAAAAAAGAUCAACAUGUUAAGUUGGUUGGACAUGUAAAACACACAGCAGGUCGUAGUGAAGACGAUAGCAGCGAGGAAGAUCUGGUCGAACAUUUUGAAAAUUCUCUCAACUUAUGAAGUGAAAAAGAAAACUUGAAGAUUCAUCGUAACAAUAGAAAUGAAGCCUAUAAAUUGUUUUUACAGAACAUAUUUUUAAGUUAUCUUUUAUGAAAAAUUGUAAGUGUUUACCAGAUUAUAUGAGAUUACAAUGCAUUUUGAAUUUUCUAACUAUUAUCUAGCAUUUUUGUAUGGUAAAUCAUUACAUGAAAUGAUGUCAUGUGACUGUCAAUGUCCUGACUCUUUAACUGGCAGUGGCAAUGGUAGGGGAAAUUUUUUUAAAUUUCGCGCUUCAAAUCCAUUAUGUUCCCCACAGCAUAGAUUUCUUGUGAAUCACUUUUGGCGCCACACCAUGUGUUCUUCAUCCGACAGAUAAUGUAAAUGUUGUCUGCACUUCUGAGUUCUGAUGUAACUGUUGUCAAUUCUUUUGAGAAAAAGUGUCUGUCCUAUCUGUGAUCAUAUAAUUCAAUAAUAAAAUGUCGGCUCCUGAAGUUAGCAAUUCCUUGAAAGAAGCUUCGCUUGAAACUUUACGCAGUAUAUUGUCAGCUAAUCAGGAUGUCAGAAAAGCUGGAGAAAGUCAAGUUCAAGCUCUGGAGGUUACCGAAGGAUUUGGAAUUUAUCUCACUGAAAUAAUUUUGGAUAUUAAGUACCAGCUGCCAAUUAGACAGUUGGCUACAGUUCUUUUAAAACAGUAUAUCGACUGUCAUUGGUGGAAGCUCUGUGAGGAGAAAUUUCGACCACCUGAAACACUACCAGAAGCCAAAUCUCUGAUAAGAGAACUUCUACCUAGAGCUUUAAAUGAUUCCAACAGUAAAAUUCGAUCUGGAGCUGCUCAUGCAAUUUCAACAAUUGCCCAGUGGGAUUGGCCAGAAGAAUGGCCAAAUCUAUUUACUACUCUGAUGAUGUACCUGACUCAAGGCAGUCAAGAAAGUUUACAAGGAUCCAUGUGUGUGCUACUUGAAGUUACUCACAAUGUUGAUGAUAAACAAAUGCCACAGGUAGUUCCAGUGAUCCUUCCUGAAGUGUACAAGAUUUUCUCAGAUAGUAGUAGAUACAAUGUGAGGAUGCGCUCACAAGCUAUUCAAAUCUUUACUAACCUAACUGAAUCAGUCUGUUCAGCUGGUGAAUACAACAAAGGUCUAGUAAAAGAACUUCUUGGACCAUUCCUUCUACCAUUCACUGAGGCUCUUGUCAAACACCUCCAAGAGCCUGAUGGCCCAGCAAGUGAUGUUGGCCUUAAAACAGCAAUUGUUAAAGCGCUUACUGUCCUUGUGAAGCACGUACCUAAACAGUUGUCGCAGUGGCUUUUGCAAAUUUUGCCGACUGUUUGGAAUACACUGACUCAUUCUGCUCAUGUCUACGUCGCUUGCGUCGUUAACGAAACGGAAGAAUCAGAUGAGCAAGUUGACCCGGACGGAGAGGUUAUCAGCUUCGAAAAUUUGGUCUCCAGUAUCUUUGAGUUCGUCCACGCCCUUGUUGAGACUCCACGGUUCCGCAGUGCCGUUCGCGAUGGAAUAAGUCAAAUUAUUUACUAUAUUAUCCUCUUCAUGCAAAUAACGGAAGAGCAAGUAUCGACUUGGACUGGCAAUCCAGACCGCUUCGUCGAAGAUGAAAGUGAAGAUUCAUUCUCCUAUUCUGUUCGGCUCGCUGCUCAAGAUCUUCUUCUGGCUCUACGACAAGAAUUUGAGGAUGAAGCUUGCUCUGGCUUGUGUGAGGCUGUCACACGUCACUUGCAAGAAGCCGAAGUCAUGCACACUCAAGGCAAUAGUAGCUUUUGGUGGAAAGUGGUUGAAGCGGCUUUACUUUCACUCGGCGUUGUCAAAGAUUUACUCGAGUCUCAGCAGAAGGAAAACCAAUUGCCGUUGGAUAUAGUUGUAAUUCUUCAGAGUAGUUUAGAUCAGCACAAUCGCAUGGCAGCGUCACCCUUUUUGCUGGGUCGUUGUCUAUGGGCAGCUAGUCGAUUCGCAAGCUUCUUACCCACAGCCUUGCUGAACCGGUAUUUACAAGCGACUGUUGAAGCGUUGCAACCUCACCAAAAUGUCAUUCUUCGAAUUACUGCCGUUCGGGCCGUAUGGGGAUUUUGUGAACACUUGAAAGCAUCACAGAAUACCAUAAUGCUGACGCCGAUGUUGCCCAUGAUCACCGAAUCAUUGCUGAAUUUGGCAAUUUUAUUCAGUCAUGAAGUUCUCAGCUUGGUUUUGGAAACCCUUGCUAUGGUUUUAGCUGUGGACAAAAGCUUUACUGCAACUUGUGAAUCCAAAGUUUGCCCACUUACCAUCGCCCUUUUCCUGAAGCACAAUUCUGAUCCAGUAAUUGUUGAGCUUGCGCAAGAUAUUUUUCGGGAGCUCUCUCAAAACGAAGCUUGUCUAGGACCACUCCAGCAUAGAUUAGUUCCCACUUUAGUCUCUAUCCUUCAGUCUCCUUCAGAUAAAGUGCCGUCAGGAUUACAUGGAGUUGCAUUGGACGUCGUGGAAACUCUUGUUCGAGCCUCGAAACCUCCACUGAGUGAUGCUCUCAUGCAAACCUUUCCGUGUGCGGUGCGCUCUGCUCUGACUUCGGAUGAUCCAACAAUCGUUCAGAACGGAGGUGAAUGUUUACGAGCUUUUGUGUCCGUUUCACCUGAUCAAGUUGCUGCUUACCGGGAUUCUGAGGGACACACUGGCCUUUACUUUAUUAUUCAAGUCGUGCUUAAUCUACUCAAUCCUACGGUUAACGAAUCUAGUUCGGCUUUUGUGGGUCGGCUCGUCAGCACUUUAUUUAAUCGUGCGGGGAGUCACCUGGGCGAUAGCGUCGAUUUGAUUCUGAGAGGCGUCCUGAGUAAACUUCAGGGCUCCUCUUCUCUCGUUGCCGCGCAGUCGCUAAUCAUGGUUUAUGCACAUCUAAUUCAUGCUCAAAUGGAAGCUGUUCUCGAUUUUUUAUCAUCUGUUCCCGGACCCAAAGGACAAUCAGCUCUACAUUUUGUUUUACAUCAAUGGUGUUCGAGACAACACGUCUUUGCCGGAGCCUAUGAAACUAAAGUUAGUUCUAUUGCAUUGGCCAAAUUGUUGCAUCACGGCGUAACGACAAACGAUAGUCGCAUCACCGAGAUUACAAUCACAAUUGAAGAUGAUACCGAACUGGUCGGUGGUGAUUCCUCUGGUUGUAUCCGAACUCGUUCUCAACGUGGAGGUCUUCAGUACCGUGUCAAAGAAAUCUCAAUCUUCGUCAAAAUUUUAAAGCUGAUCAUCUAUGAGCUAUCAAAUUGCCUAGAGUCUGCGAUGGCAUUCGCCGACGAAGAUGAUGAAACUGAAACGGACGGCGAACAGAGCGUAGACGGCAUGCGUGAUAAUGCCGCUGUGUUACUCUCCAGCCAUUUACUGGACGAUGAAGAUAAACUAGAUGACUUGAAAGAUGAUGAUCCAGACGCCCAGCACGACCCGAAUUCGGUGAUUAACUUGCAACAAUACCUUACGGAAUUUCUACGUUCUUUCAGUAGUCAGAACUACUUCCCAACAGGAUUCCUUCCGCAUCUCAAUAGUCAAGAGAAACAGGUGUUGAAUAUGAUCGGCAUUCAUCAGCUCUGACUUCAUCUUUCACCCUAAAACAUUAUGACUAACUACAAUACAUAUGGUUAGAUAAUUAUGGAUGUUUUGGUUUCACGUUGAGCUUGUAAAUACAAUUCGACCAUGAGAACAUGAA